AUGAGAAUCCCACCACGCAUCUCUGCUGUGUUCCCCACCUGUAUCAUGAAGAUCCAGGAUAUCCCACCACAUCAGAUGCUUCCACCAAUGGUCAUAACCAUCCCGCUCCUCGGGCCAAGACCUCAAGACCCCACCUCCACCCUUCACUUUCCCCAUACCGCACCCCACAUCUUCCGGCUCAAGCUUCUUUCAACUCACGUACUCUCCGCAACCUAA